CGAUGUUCGCGCCAGCUGCAAUCUGAAAAGCGCCGUGAAAAUAGCGCUGGGUUUGUUUGCGUUCGUUUCUUUUCAAGUUGGCUGCGCGGCGUUGCACGACUAUGUUUCGCAUCCACAACUUUCGCGCGUGUUGCUCACGUGGGCCGGUGACACCUUCCUCGUUCGGUGACGGAACGCGACGUAGUAGUUCUAUGCCGUUGUCGGCGUCGGCUCGAAGUUCCGUCGGAAGUUUGUGCGGUUUCGUCUCCUACCUGCUUGUGCUUCGGCCAAGAAACGCGCAGCGUGCCGAGAGAUGUGCGUCAACGCGCCGUGCGCGAACCGUUUGAAUCCGCCGAGCCGAUAGCGGAGUGCUCCGCGUACUGCAGCUGCCUCCAACCGAGCGUUUAGGCCUAGCAUCGCGUCCGCUGAGAAAUGAAGACGAACGACGCAGCCGGCUCUGUGACAAGUGGUUCAGUGGGUGACCACGAUAACGAUGCGAGAAGAGGAGCCGUCGUUCGCCCGUCGGCACACGUCGCUUUGUGCGAUCACUACGCUAGCGACAACCCUUUUUACGGCAAGCGGUGCCCUGUGUGCGAGCUCUUGGGUCGGUGCGGUGACAUGUUGCGUGUGGCUCGCAAAUCGCCCUGUCGGCGCACCCGUCACGAAUGCGAGCUCAGUUAUAACCCGAACUCGAGAGGUGCCGUUUGUCACACCUUUGUACCAGUUGGGCGCCGGUUCCCGUCCUCAGCUGUGGGUACCGGCUCGCACGCAACAGUUGAUGCAGCCGACCCGAGGCUCUGCGGUGCCACACCUGGCAGUGGGCUCAAGGGCCCUAGCUCGUACUUGCCUUCCAGUGCAGCCAGCCGGGCAAGCAGUCUGAUGACUGGCCACCACGGGGCAGGGGGCGGGACAGGGCCACCGCCCCUGCACUCAGGGGACUACUCAUCCAAGCUGCACCACGUGGCCCCACCUCCUCCUCCGCCACCACUCAUGGGUCCUGCGGGCGCGGCAGGUGCUCCUGGCACUCAGUCAUAUCCCGUCCAUCCAGAUGUGCGUUUCAAAAGGCUGCCAUUUUACGACAUCCUGGCCGAACUCCACCGACCUGCCAGUCUGAUGCCCAACACCAACACAAGGUUCCAGGAGAACAGUUUCGUGUUCCAUUUCACGCCUCAACAAGUACAUGACAUAGUCUCUUCAAGGGACUACAACUUGGGAAAGCCAGAAUACGGAGUGCAAGUACAGCUUCGGUUUUGUCUGCUGGAAACAAGCUGUGAGCAGGAUGACAACUACCCUCCAAGUAUGUGUGUCAAAGUCAACGGUAAGGUGUGUCAACUGCCAAGCCCAAUCCCCACCAACAAGCCUGGCAUGGAGCCCAAGCGACCAAGCCGACCGAUCAACAUUGUUACCAUGUGCCGUCACUCUCCUACUGUGUCCAACCAUAUCUCUGUCACCUGGCUCUCCGAGUAUGGCCGGGCCUAUGCCUUGGGUGUGUACCUUGUGCGAAAGUUGACGGCAGCAACUCUCCUCCAGCGGCUAAAGGCAACAGGCAUGCGGAAUCCCGACCACACACGAGCAAUGAUCAAAGAAAAGCUUCAACAUGACCCUGACUCUGAAAUUGCUACAACAAGUCUGCGUGGGUCUCUAAUCUGUCCGCUGGGCAAGAUGCGAAUGGGUAUUCCAUGCCGAGCGCUAACAUGUCCACACCUACAGUGCUUUGAUGCUUCGCUUUACCUGCAAAUGAAUGAAAAGAAGCCCACAUGGAUUUGCCCAGUCUGUGACCGGCCGGCCACCUUCUCCUCAUUGGUGAUCGAUGGGCUAUUCAUGGAAAUUGCCAUGAAGGCACCCAGUGAUUGCACUGAGGUUCAAUUCCACGAAGAUGGUUCCUGGUCUCCUUUGGUGCCAAAGAAGGAGACCCAUGUUAUUAACAGCCCCAGUUCCUCUGCAACAGCAUCUACCUCUAGAAGUUCAGCUCCUUCAACAUCAUCAUCGAGGGAUCCACCUGGUCGGCCCAGCAAGAAACCUCGGGUGGUCGUCAUAGACCUGACAGCGUGUAGCAGUGAGGAGGAAGAUGACGGUGGUCGCAGUUCAGUGCCCACACCUGGAUCUCACAUGGGUGGGCCACCGCCGUUGGUUUCUGGCAUUUCCGGAGGAGCACACUCUCAGGGUUUGUUGUUGCACUGCACUUCUUCCUUGCACUGUGAAGCUAGUGACAAGAUAGCUAGUCACACCAUUGCAGCUUUGUGUGAGCUGCUGUAAUUGUGUUUAAUUUAC